GAGAGAAGGAAGGCGAUCUCUGCAAACACAUAUCUGACAUUUUAUAUUUUAAUAGUUUUUAUUUGUUUGUUAUUACCAACGUCAAAUCAAAUAUCAAUCUCCAAAAAUCGAAAUUUAGAAUUUCAAUCUGACGAGUGGCCUCACCCGGCGUCGGAAUAUUUUUCUCACCUACGGUGGCUCUAAUCUCCCAAGACUUAAUUUUCUUCUAAGCCUUAAAGAGCUGGAUGUAAAUUCAUUGGUAAAAACAUCGUCUCAUUAAAUGCUUGAAAAGAUGGGGUGCCCAAGUCAACAAUCCGAAACUGUCUCUCUUGCUCAAGGAGCGAAGGAUGCGUCCUGUAGGCCACUUAGAACCUCACCAGCGUUUAUGGUAAAUUCUGAAAUUGGUGCAGUUUUAUCUGUCAUGAGGAGAAACGUGCGGUGGGGAGGUCGGUAUCUUGAAGAUGAAGAUCAAUUAGAUCACUCCCUCAUCCAAUCUUUCAAGGACAUACGAAGAGAAGUCUUUUCUUGGCAAAAGCAGUGGCAUACUAUCAAUCCAAUUGUGUAUCUGCAGCCCUUUUUGGAUGUAAUUCAGUCUGAUGAAACCGGUGCACCAAUUACUGGUGUUGCCUUAUCUUCUGUAUACAAAUUUGUCACCCUUGAAGUACUUGAACUUGAUACUGUUAAUGUAGCUGAUGCAUUGCAUCUAAUUGUUGAUGCUGUUACAAGCUGUCGUUUUGAAGUGACUGAUCCUGCAUCCGAGGAAGUAGUGUUAGUGAAAAUACUUCAGGUUCUUCUUGCUUGCAUGAAGAACAAAGCAUCGGUUAAGUUGAGUAACCAGCAUGUAUGUGACAUGGUGAACACGUGUUUCCAGAUAGUUCAUCAAGCAAGCUCAAAAAGUGAACUGUUGCAGAGGAUAGCUCGGCAGACAAUGCAUGAGCUGGUCAGAUGUAUUUUUUCACAUCUUCACAAUGUUGGUACCCCACAUGCCAAUGACGAGGCUGGCAGUAAACAACAGGACAAUGGUUAUGCUGACUCAAAAAUUGAAGUCAAAGCAAGUUCUGUUGUAGAAUCUACAAAUCUUUCCACAGGCACACUUGUCGUUAAAGAGGAUGAUCGUAUUGGCGAGGUUGGUCAAACUAAGGAGCUCCUAACAACUGAGCCAUAUGGGGUUCCAUGCAUGGUGGAAAUAUUCCAGUUUCUUUGUUCUCUUCUUAAUGCGGUAGAGACUGGGGGAAUGGGCCCCAGAUCCAACUCUUUAUCGUAUGAUGAAGAUGUUCCCUUGUUCUCCUUGGGGUUAAUUAACUCUGCCAUUGAAUUAGGUGGAGCUUCUUUUGACCAACAUCCCGAGUUAUUAGCUUUGGUGGAAAAUGAUCUAUUCCGUAGCUUAAUGCAGUUCGGUUUGUCCCCAAGUCCACUGAUUCUGUCUACUGUGUGUAGCAUUGUUUUAAAUUUAUACCAUCUUUUACGCAUCAAGCUAAAACUACAGUUGGAAGCAUUCUUUUCCUCUGUGCUUAUGAGGAUAGCACAAAACAAACAUGGAGCUAAAUAUCAACAGCAGGAGGUUGCUAUGGAAACUAUUGUGGAUCUUUGCAGGCAGCCAACAUUUAUUUAUGAACUGUAUGCCAAUUAUGAUUGUGAUAUUUCCUGUAGCAAUAUCUUUGAAGAUCUAGUUAACUUAUUAUCAAAAAGCGCUUUUCCGGUCAACAGCCUGUUAUCAGCUACACAUGUUCUUGCUCUUGAGGGAUUGGUUGCCAUGAUUAAUGUUAUGUCUGAAAAAACGAGAGGUGAAGUUCCUGCAUUGGAACCUGAUCUGGAUAAUAAUGAGCCGUUUUGGAAGGUGGAAUGUGAGAGUUAUGAAAACCCUGAUGAUUGGGUACCUUAUAUUCGUAAGAAGAAACACAUGAAGAAAAAGUUGAUGGUUGGGGCUGAUCAUUUUAAUCGGGAUCCUAAAAAAGGUCUGCAGUUUCUUCAAGGUAUGCAUGUGUUACCUGAUACACUUGACCCUGUAAGUGUAGCAUGUUUUUUGAGGUACACAAUUGGGUUAGAUAAGAAUCUUAUUGGUGAUUAUUUAGGAAAUCAUGAUCAAUUUUGUGUUGAUGUGCUACAAGAGUUUGCUAGAACAUUUAAGUUUCAAGACAUGAAUCUCGACAUUGCAUUGCGUGUUUUCUUGGAAACUUUUAGAUUACCCGGUGAAGCCCAGAAGAUCCAGAGAGUUGUUGAGGCAUUUUCUGAACAAUAUUAUGAGCAAUCACCAGAUACUCUAGCUAACAAAGAUGCUGCCCUGCUAUUAUCUUACUCUCUAAUAUUGCUUAACACAGAUCAGCAUAAUGCACAAGUCAAAAGGAAGAUGACCGAAGAAGAUUUUAUUCGUAAUAACCGCCGAAUAAACGGUGGUAAUGAUCUCCCGCGUGAGUACCUGUGCGAGCUUUACCACUCAAUUUGUGAAAAUGAGAUUCGGAUGACCCCAGUUCAAGGCGCGGUUAUCCCAACCAUGAGCCAUGAUAACUGGGUCGGGUUACUUUAUAAAUCUACUCAAUCUGCACCAUAUAUCAUUUGUGAUUCUGGAGAGCUAAUUAACAGCGAAAUGUUCGCUAUUUUAUCAGGCCCGACUGUUGCUGCUUUGUCUGUGGUACUGGAUGUUGUAGAGCAAGAAGAUGUGUUACAAACAUGUAUAAAUGGAUUUCUAAUUGUUGGUAGGAUCGCAGGCUGUUAUCAUCUGGAUGAUGUGUUAGAUGGUUUGCUUAUCUCUCUCUCUAAGUUUACCACCCUCUUGGUUCCUAUGUCUGUUGAAGAAUCCAUUCUUCAUUUUGGCAAUGAUACUAAAGCUAGAAAGACAACUAUAGCAGUUUUUACAAUAGCAAAUGCAUAUGGUGAUUAUAUACGCUCAGGUUGGAGAAACACAGUGGAUUGCAUCUUAAGUUUACAGAAAUUAGGUCUUCUUCCUGCCCGCAUAGCUAGUGAUGCAGCUGACGACGUGGAUAAAAUCUCAGAAUCUGAUCCAGAAAAAAAUAUUUUACUCUCUCCACCAGCACGCACUGUGCUAGCUGCCACUCAUAUUCGAAAAUCAUCAGGUUUGAUGGGCCGAUUUAGUGAUUUUCUUUACUAUGAUGCAGAAAAACCCACUCCCGAACCAUCUAAAGAACAGCUUGAAGCACGCAAGCAUGCUGUGGAAACUGUUAGAAGUUGCCAUGUGAAUACCAUAUUUACUGAGAGCAAGUUUCUUCAGUCGGAGUCUCUCUCAAAUCUUGCUCGGGCCCUCAUAUCAGCUGCCAGUCAAUCCCGUGAAGAGGGUGCCGUUUUUUGUUUGGAGUUGCUGAUUACAGUCACACUAAAUAACCGGGAUAGAAUUAUGCUUUUAUGGCAAGGGGUUUAUGAAUACAUUGCCAAUAUUGUGCAGUCAGCAGUGAUGCCUAGUACUUUAGUUGAAAAGGCGGUUUUUGGGCUCAUACGAAUUUGUCAGCGGCUUUUACCUUAUAAGGAAAACUUAACUGACGAGCUUCUUAAAUCCCUUCAACUGAUUUUAAAACUUGAUGCUAGGGUGGCCGAUGCAUACUGUGAACACAUCACACAGGAAGUUAUGCGCCUCGUGAAAGCAAAUGCAAGGCAAAUAAAAUCUCACAUGGGUUGGCGAACCAUCACAUCUUUACUCUCAAUCACUGCCCGCCAUCCAGAAGCUUCCGAACCAGGAUUCGAGACAUUAGAAUUCAUCAUGUUAGACGGAGCUCACUUGUUACCUGCAAAUUUUGUUCUGUGUGUCAAUGCAGCCCGACAAUUUGCUGAGUCCCGAGUAGGGGACAUUACCAGGUCUGUUAAGUCGCUGGAUUUAAUGGCUGCUUCAGCUGGGUGCCUGGUAAGGUGGUCUCGUGAGACUAAAGAAGCAGUCGGGGAAGAAGCAGAAACCGCCAUUAAAUUGUACCAAGAUAUUGGUGAAAUGUGGCUGAGGUUGGCACAAGGGUUAAGAAAAGUGUGUCUAGAUCCGCGGGAAGAAAUUAGGAACCAUGCCAUUUUGAUGUUGCAGAGUUGCUUGACCACUUUAAAUGGUGUUCAUGUUCAAGAUGAUUUUUGGUCUCAAUGUUUUGAUUUGGUGGUCUUUACAUUGGUGAACGAUUUGCUUGAAAUUGUUCAAGAAAAGUCUCCAAAAGAGUAUAGAAACAUGGAAGGUACCCUUAUUUUAUCAUUAAAGCUCUUGUCCAAUGCCUUUUUACAUUCUUUAUCAAGUCUUUCUCGGUUAGUGUCAUUUUGUAAAGUAUGGCUAGGGGUUUUAAGCUGUAUGGAAAGGUUUAUGAAGGUGAAAUUUAGAGGAAAAAAGAGCGAUAAGAUUCACGAAACAGUAACUGAGCUUCUCAAAAACAUUCUGCUUGUGAUGAAAUCUAGUGGAAUCCUUGUUCCAACUGACGCUGUUGGUUCUGAUAGUUUUUGGCAGUUGACAUGGUUACAUGUCAAAAAUAUAGCACCUAAUUUGCAGACAGAGGUUUUCCCCGAAAACAAACUCGAACAAUCAGUUCCUAAUGCGCUAAACUAGUAUCAAUUUUCAAUAUUUGAGUCAGUUCAAUUUUUGUCGUGGCGAUCAAGGGAAUGAUUUGAACAGAUAGUUUUAGGUUUUCAUAUAUUUGUAUACUUAGGUUGUAUAAUUGUCAAAAAUGCUUAGAAGGGAUUUUCUUUUCAUAGUUUCUUUUGUAACCUUUUUGCAUAUAUAGGUUGUUCAUGUAGAUAGAGAUUCUCCAGCAUACAUUGUUACUUUGACAUUCAUGAACUGAAGAUAUUAAAGCCACUUUGGCCAUUUGUUGUUA